AUGCCGAGUACAGCAAUCCAAAAAUUAUUAUUAAAAAUUUCUAUAUUUUUAAUCGUUGCUGGACUUGCAUUAACAAUUGCUGGAUUAGAAUCUCCAGCUUGGCAGGUUGUUGAUAUUCGGGAAUUUGGAGCAGAACAUCAACACGGACUUUGGUGGGAUUGUACUAGAGCCAAAAAGGAACAAAUAAUUGGUUAUGCCUUUUAUUUACACGUUGCGGGCACUUUUUGUUGGUUAAUUGCUUUUGUUUGUGCAAUUACAACAACUUAUAAAUUUAUUAAAGAAUAAUAAUGAUUAUUAUUUAAAUUUUAUUUUGGGUUUGAUAUUCAUAAUAAGGAUGAUUUGAUAUGUAAAAAUAUAUGAAUCAGGCGUGGGCUUUUCCGACUUCUGUCUUCCGCAAAAUUCCCCCUUCUUUCACUUUUUCCAUUGAACAUCCCGUCUGUUACUUAAUUCCGUUUUCUUCUUUCUUGCAAAUUUUAAAUGCAAAAAGCCCAUCU